AUGGAUCUCUCUCCCGCUUUCAACGAAGCCCUGCGGCGGCACGACAAACCGCCCAUCAAGCCCCAUGCGUUUGACUUGGAUGGCGUCGAGGCUUUUGUAAAGGAAGCCUACCGCAUCAACAAGCACAUCUCCGAGCUCAACCAGUACCUCCACUCCAUUCGCCAGUCUUACCUUUCAGCAGCGCAACCUCCGCGUCGGAGCCAACUUGCGCGCACCAACUCGUCUUCUUCGAUCCCGCGGUCUGAAAAAGAGCGCAAAUACCUGACCGAUGCGCAACGCGAGCAGAUCGAUGCCGAGACAAAACAGCUGCUCCGAGAGCUGAGCGGCGCGAUUAAAAAUCUCGCCGACGCAGAAAAAGUGCGCCAGUCCGCGGAUGAGACGAUUGCGUUGCGGAAGCGCGCGACGAAAGGAUUAGGAGCGCUUGGAAGAUGGGCAGCCGGAGGCGCAAUCACGGCGAAGAGCCCGGAGGAGGAGCUCGAGGAGGCAAAGCAGAACACAAUUAAGAUACAUCGCGAUGGUGUCAUAUGGUUCCUCAGCCGGAAGCUCGAAGAGGUCAGCGGCUUCCAGGCUUCGAUGAUGGAGAUUCGGCUGGAGAGAGAGCGGGAGAAGAGCAAGAGCGUGCUAUACAAGGCACGGGGAAUGCAGAUGCCCACGAUAGACGACCCGACUGGUGGCUACUCUGGCGGAAAAGGAGCAAGUAUGGACGAGAAGGCCGGACAGCAGGUCGAGCAGCAAUUGAGCGAGGAACAGCUGCAGCUGUUUGCAGAGGAAAACCAAGACAUGCUCAAGCAUUACGAGGACACGCUCGACAAAGUGCGGGCUACUGAGCGGUCCCUCCUCGAGAUAUCGGAGUUGCAGAGCACGCUGGCCACCAAUCUGUUCGAACAGCAGGCGCAAAUUGACCAGCUGGUGCAAGACUCGCAUCUUACGACCGAGAACGUGGGCAGCGGCAACAAGGAGCUGAAGCGAGCAACGGAGAGGAGGAGCAUAGCGCAGGCCAUCUUCUACGCGACGUGCGCAAUGUGCGGAACCAUAGUGGUGUGGGACCUGAUUAUAUGA